GGAAGUGUGUGACUAGAAUUCAGCAGCACAGGUCUGACAACUCACACAGCCAGAGAGAGAUUGAUUUCCAGCUACAGUUGUUGAAGGAAAAAAAAAUCCGUCUCCAGCUGUGCAUCUCUCUCUCUCUCUCUCUCUCUCUCUCACACACACACACACAGUCGUGGCUGAGGCUGCUGCAGUCACAGUGCACGAGCUCACUCCGGGAAAACAGCACCGUGAGCGCGCGCUUCCUCUCACCAUCAGCAGUCCUGCGUAAAGGUCUGCGCAGCGCGUGUGCACUCUGGACCCAACGAAAAUGCGCACGCACAACGCGUCCGGAGUAACGGAGUGGACAGCAGCGGAAUGGUGAAGUUGCAGCAGCCGCAGCCGUGCGUGACAAUGCAUCGGAUAGUGCAGAGGAGACGUGCUGGGCCGCUCCGUUCCGCGUGGUCGCUGCUCGGUGCCGUGGCGCUCGCGCUCGCUGCCUCCAGCGCCGUGUUCACCGCAUGGACGUGGCGACAAACCCGAGACCUGACCAAGUCCGUCCAAAAUCUGCGCGAGCGCUUGGAUCAGGUGAAUUUGCAGCGCAAGGCUAUUGUCCAGCUUUUCCUGGAGAAGAGGGAGCUGCUGGAGAGCCUGCGAGUGAAGAGAGAAGCUGGAGGGGCAAAAAGGAAAAACGGAAAUGGAAGGAGGGUGGCCUCUCACUUCGAGACUGGAGGGGCAAAAGGAAGGAAUGGAAAUGUAAGGAAGGUGGCCUCUCACUUCGAGAUAACCAAAGACUCCUUCAAAACAGUAGGGAAUGAGGGAAUCAUUAAAGGAUGGACUGAGCAGUACCUGAAUAUGACUCAAGCUGUGGAGUAUAACUCAGAGACAGGCACUUUUAAAGUAGUUCGGCGGGGUGUCUACUUCCUUUACUGCCAAGUGCAUUUCCGUGAGCAACAGAGUCAGUAUGUGAAGCUGGAAGUGACUGUCCCUCAGGGUCCCUCGCUUCAGUGCAUGGAGGGAUACAGCACCACUCCAACCACAGGUUUUAAACAGUUCCACUUCCUGAAGCCGUGCCAGGUUUCUGGCCUCCUGCUCUUGGAGAAAGGCGCCGAGCUCAAGGCUGUGACCGGAAGCUAUUUCACCCUGCAGGACUCGGGCAAACAUUACUUCGGCCUCUUCAAGGUGAACUAGUGGAUCAGUCACACAGUUCAACCUCAUUGACUGUAUCAUUUUUUGGAGGUCCACCACAGUCGAUAUUAGCUGGCUGGACGAAUCGUCGCUGGCUCUUUUGUUAAACGUGUUAAAUAUUUGUCCUUUUUGUAAAUCUGACACAUUUGAUAGGGUCCAUGCAGUCAUGGAGAAUGGCUGUGACGGAGACAAGGAUAUUUCCAGAGGCACUUGGGAGUAGUUUAAAUAAUGACUGUACACAUACUGGUGCCCUCAAUUUGGUACUAAUCAGGAUGGUAAAGACUAGAAAACAAUGACUGCUGGACAGUUACAGUGGAUCUUUUUUGCAUUACCUUGGUUUGGACAUAAGUUCAUAAACACUGACUUCACUCAACUGUGCUUAAACAUUUACUUGUAGCCUGAUAAGGACAUGUUCCAGACACAUGGCUGCCUCCCCUAAACAGUGGCAAAGGCAGGUUGGAUAGAAGGUUCAGUGUUGGUGGUGUUAAGACUGGACAUUAAAAGGUGUGAGAUUUCAUCAUCGAUUGGGAGGUUGGAUCAAACAUUUGCUCUAACUAAUAUACGGUUGUCAUUGGAUCAGCUCAACUUUGAAGAUUUUGAUUUAGCAAAUACACACUAAGUAGUACUCCUUAUAUGUCCUUAUUACUGACCUUCACAGACACUUCAACUAAAGCUUUAAGUGCCUUGUAUGUUGUUAUAUAAUUUUUUAUACGACUGUGAAAAUAUAGUACAGAUCGGUAAGAAGUGAUGGUAUGCUAACAGCUUACAGUACUGCACUUCCAUGUGUUCAUUGCUAUAGAUAAAUCUUGUAACAGUCACAUAUACUUAUGUUGUUUUUUAAUACAAUGCACAUUCAAUUCUUAAAUUUUUUUAGAGGUAAAGUUCCAGAUUUUAUACGAACUUUUUUGCAACUUUUAAAUGCAUUUUAUCUCACGGGUUAAUCAUGUGUGAAACAAGUAGUGUUUCAUUUUCAACAACAUAUGUCAACAUCUCUUGGCUUUAAGACUACCAUAAAAAUGCGAGUUAAUUAGGUCUGAAGUGGAACGUUUGCCAUUUUAAAUGCACAUUGUGCUGAUUGAAUUUCCUAAUCAUACCUCAGCUUCCCUUUUGUAUAUCUGCACCCCCAUUGUUUCCCCAUGCCCUUGACUCUCACUUCCUUUAUAGUCUCAAGUAAAUAACCAAAAAACCUGGAGCAGUAAUAUAUUCCCAUUUGUCUCCCCUAGCUAGUCCCCCCGCCCCUUGACAUUUUUCUUUAUUUCCACUCUUCGGGGUUGCUCUUUGCACAGAAUCCACAUUUGGAUUGCUGCAGGGGUUUCUGCUGUUCAGAAACGGCAUCCAAGAUAAAUUCGUCUGGGUUGAGGUGGAGUGUAGGAAUGGCUGUGUGUGUGAGUGUAAAUGUGUGAUCAGGGUAACUGCAAUGGCAGUUUAACAGUUUAAAUUUCAUGGCCCUUUAGCCUAAAUCUAAAGUAAUAUGUACAUGUUAGUUUUAAUUUGAUGGACCUUAAAUUAUCUCUUUGACUGUUAAAAAUGGUUGACUGAAUUAUACUCUUACAUAAAGCCAAAAUCCAAACAGAGCCAGAGUUCAUGAUGGUUAAACCGAAUGUGUGUGAGAGGUUGCAGUUUCUAUUUGUUAUAACUGUCAUCAUUUGAUUUUACACAAUAAAUAAGGUUAAAAAAAAAGUUGGUAAAAUGCUAUGGCUUCUUGUUUACCGGUGUAUAUGGAUUUAAUAGCCAGGUUCUGACUCAUCAUGUGUACGACACUAGGCACUAAGAUGAAUCAUUUACUAAAGGCUGAAAACCGUAAUGACAGACAGACAAGCAUGUCCUGUUUUGUCCUAGUGUUUCACCCUUCCCAUAAUAAACUAUUUGGUUUGCUAAGAAUUAA